UUAUUAUUUUUUUUUUGACAACGUCGCACCUCUUCUUAUGGUGUCCUCUUCACUUGCCUCAUCUAUGUUUAUUCUUCCUUCCUCGGCAGCAACCUUAACCACAAUCCUCUGCAUCCAACUCCUAAAGCAGUCUCAAUUUAGGAAUCCAAACGGGAACCUUUGCAUCUGCAUUCAGCAAGCUUGAAGGACAAAAUCAGUGAAGCAGCAACAAAGUGUUGACCAUUUUCUUGGGAAGUAGCAAAUUUCAAGCAUUUGGGAUGGUGGAGAACAAAGCAAGCCCAAACUCAAUAAGAAGUUACUUGGGUAAUUUCGUACGGAAAUGCUUAUUUGGUAUCCUUUCGGUAGGAGCAAUCCCCAAUCAUAUUGCUUUUAUUAUGGACGGAAACCGAAGAUAUUCCAAGAAAUUCAAUUUAGAGGAAGGAGCAGGACAUAAAUCAGGGUUUACCGCUUUGUUAUCCAUGCUCAAGUACUGUUAUGAGCUAGAGGUGAAAUAUGUGACGGUAUACGCCUUUAGUAUCGAUAAUUUCAAAAGAAGUCCCGAGGAAGUUAAGUCUUUGAUGGAUCUUAUACGGGAGAAGAUAGAAGGCUUGAUAAAACAAGAUAGUCUUGUUAAUCAAUACGGAGUUAGAGUUCAUUUUAUCGGAGACUUGAAACUUUUAGAUGACUCGGUAAGGUCAGCUGCCGAGAAAGUUAUGGCAGCCACUGCUGGGAACUCUAGAGCGGUGCUUUCGAUUUGCAUCGCCUAUACUUCUACAAAUGAGAUCGUGAAUGCCGUUGAACGAACUUGUGAAGAAAAAUGGGGUGAACUUAGAAUACUAGAUUCGUGUGGAGGAGCAAAUGGCUUAACCAGUUGUGCUAGAAGUGGGGACGGGAAAGAGAAGUACGCCAUCAGUGUGAUUGAUGUCGAGAAACAUAUGUAUAUGAAAGUUGCUCCCGAGCCUGAUAUUGUGGUCCGAACUUCUGGGGAAAACCGCUUGAGUAAUUUUCUUCUGUGGCAGAGUGCACAGUCCAUUCUGUAUAGUCCUUCUGUGCUUUGGCCUGAGAUCGGCCUUCGCCAUUUAGUUUGGGCUGUUCUGAAAUUCCAAAGAUUACACUUUUGUUCUGAUAAGAAACGGAAGUAACAAUGCAACAUACUCUGAUUCCCUAGAUGUUAGUAGACUCGAGUCUCGACAUAUAGAUUGUGCUAGACGGGAAAUUUCAGGUUUGCACAAGGCUGUUUUCAGCCGCUUAAGCAGAUUUCGGCUUGCAAAAUUCUGCUGAUGGCCCUGAAUUUUGAGGCACUUUCUGAUCUGAUUUUGGGUUAGACAGAUUUUGAUAAGUUCACAUCCGAACAAAAAAUGCAAAGUCGGGUUAUGCUUUCGUAUUCAAGGUUUUCAGCAAACUUUACAUGGCUGCUUAAAGAACGUACGUUUUUAACUUCGGUAUAUGGUUAAUAUACAUUUGGUUCUUUUCUGCUACCUUUGGUUCGUUUUAGUGAUUAUUCCACGAGUUCGUGCAAGGAGAAUCAAUCACAGAAGCUGGAUUUCAGGAAAAUUAUCGAAUGGUGAAGCCAAUUUUUGUUAUCCAAUUACUAAAUUCAUUUUGAGAUUUGUCAUCUCAUAAUUCAGCCAAUCAUAGUCACACAUAGAGAAAAUUUGAGACUUGGUGAGAAGUUUAAUGGAAAUCUUUGAGGUGAGAAAGCAUGCCUUAUGUUUGUGCAUUCAAA